AAUGUUUUUCUGACGGCUGUCAGCUAGCUGUUUCCAUUGCAGGCGCUUAAUACACAAGAUACAGCAGAUUAAAUAGAAUGGAUAAACCCUCACAAAAACCAAGCACUGUUACUAUCCAUUGGUUCCGAAAUGGACUACGAAUACAUGACAACCCAGCUUUGUGUGAUGCAUUAGAAAACUGUGAUGAGUUUUAUCCAAUAUUUAUUUUUGAUGGAGAAGUUGCAGGAACAAAAUUUGCUGGAUUCAAUCGAAUGCGAUUUUUGCAUGAAAGCCUUGAAGAUCUGGACAAUACUUUUAAAAAGAAUGGUGGCCGUUUGUAUACAUUUCAAGGGAAAGCAAGAGAUGUGUUGGAAGGCUUGUUUUCUGAGUGGAAUGUGACACGUUUGACAUAUGAGGCAGAGGUAGAGCCAAUCUGGGAGGCACGUGAUGAGGAAGUGGAGAAACUGUGUCAGGAAAAGGGUAUAGAACUGAUCUCUAGGGUAUCUCAUACCUUAUGGAACCCCUCUGAUGUAAUAGAGAAGAAUGGCGGUACCCCUCCUGUUACUUUCACUCAUUUUCAACUGACCACCUCCUUGCUUGGGCCCCCUGAACGCCAUGUACCUGCCCCUGAACUAAGUAAUGUCAAUAUGCCGGUGAAUGACAACUUUGACGAGAAGUUUGCCCUACCCAGUGUCAAGGAAUUAGGUUAUGAACCAGAAUGCAAGGAGCAGACUGAACGCAUUAAUGAGUGGUUAGGGGGAGAGACAAAAGCCCUACAGCUCCUGGAGAAGCGACUCACAAACGAGAGAAAGCACAUUGCUGACAAAGUCAUGCUGCCCAAUCAGUUUUUACCGGACCUAGUUGGUCCUCCAGCUAGUUUGAGUCCCCAUCUGCGGUUUGGCUGUGUGUCUGUAAGGAGAUUCUACUGGGGCAUUCAUGACCUGUACAAAGAGAUUCAUGGUGACAAAGAAGUACCAAUAUCACUGACAGGUCAGUUAGUUUGGCGAGAGUAUUUCUACACCAUGUCUGUAAAAAAUAUGUUCUUUGACAAGAUGAAGGAGAACCCAAUCUGUCUGGACAUUGCCUGGGAUGAAGACUCAGAAAAGCUGGAAAAAUGGGUCAUGGGACAGACAGGAUAUCCCUGGAUAGAUGCAGGUAUGAAUCAGUUGCGAGCCGAGGGAUGGUGUCACCAUGUGGUCCGUCAUGCUGUUUCCUGCUUUCUGACUCGUGGUGAUCUCUGGAUCAACUGGGAACUGGGCUGCCAGGUGUUUUUUAAGUACCAGCUUGAUGCUGAUUGGUCAGUUUGUGCCGGUAAUUGGAUGUGGAUGUCAAGCUCAGCAUUUGAGAAAGUGUUUCAAUGUGCAACAUGUUUCUGCCCUGUAGGAUAUGGACGACGUAUGGAUCCUAAGGGACAAUUUGUGAGGCGGUAUGUGCCGGUUUUGAAGGAUAUGCCAAUGCAGUAUUUGUUUGAACCCUGGAAAGCCCCAUACCACAUACAAGAAAAGGCAAACUGUAUAAUUGGUAAAGACUAUCCCCGACCCAUGGUAGACCACAAAGAGGCCUCUGAGUACUGUCGUAACAAGAUGAUGGAUGUUCACAGACGACUCGCUCAAUCGAGUCCUGUUCCCCACUGUGCUCCAUCAAAUUCCAAGGAAGCCAAUCUAUUUAGCUGGUUACCAGAAACAGAGGUGACAUUAUUGUGCAACCAUACACAACAGAUGUGGCCGGAGAAGAAAUCCAUUGCCUUGAUGUCUUAGAUAUUCAAGAGCAAACCAUCAAUGUUGUGUUUUGUCUCUUGAUUUUUAUUGUGUUUUAUGUGAUUACUACAUGCAUUAAACAAUCCAAUUUUGUGCUUUGGCUGAAGAACAGACUUUCCAGUGCAAUGCGGUAGCAUAUAUAUUUUUAUUGAAUGAGCGGAAACUACAUCAAGCUGAUGAAAAAGACUUCGCAUAAUUAUCAUUCUAUUACCGUGAUUUAUUAUUGUUUUAUAAAUAUCUGUACUUUGGUACAUCUUUAUUUGUAUGUAGUGUUUAAAACACAGGAGUUAAAAUGUAGGGUUUUGUAACAUCUUAAUUGGUAACAGACCUUACAGAUUAUCUGCAGUAUAUUAAGAUAAAUAUUUGAUGAAGGCAUAAGUACACAAUAUUAUGUAUAACAUCAAAUGCUUUCAUUCAACUGAAGAUUUCCUCGGCAACUUUUGCCCUCACUGUGAUAUAAUUUCAGUAUGUUUCUGAUUAACUUAGAGUUUAGAACACAGUUUAUGUCGACAAUGCACUCAAAAUAUUAACAGUCUUUUUCUUUUAUUUUUGGGUAAGGAUGACCAUGAUGUGUUGUUAUUUUUUGGGUCAAUCAGAAUCCAAUAUGGCCACCAUUUCUGCCAUUUUGAAAAAAACAUGAAUUUAAAGAAAAAAAAUUUUAGGGCCAUUGAGCUGAAAAUUGAUGGGAGUUUUAAGGACAGGAUGCCAACAAUAUGUUGUUAUUCUUUUGUCUGUUCAAAUGUUUGACAUGGCAGCUAGCCACAACGACCUUUUUAGCAAACAUUAUCAGAUGGUGGCUAUAUAAAUUGCUCUACAUCCGUCUACCAUCCAUCCAUAAACAUUAUUUGUUGUCACUUUUUCUUGAGAAAUGCUGUAUGGGUCUUUCUUGAAUUUCAUAUAUAGGUUUCCAAAGGUCAGUAGUUGUGCCUGUUUGAUUUUGGGGUUGUUCAGAGAAACAAAAUGGCCAACAGGCAGCCAUAUUUGAUUAUUUCAAUGAAGAUUAUUAUCGCUUUUUGUUGAGAAGUCCUGGAUGGAUCAUUUUCAAAUUUCAUAUAUAGGUUGCCUUUGGUCCCUAGUUGUAUUGGUUUUGGUCUGAUCAGAUCUAUAAAGUGGCCUUCAGGCUGCCAUCUUAGAUUUUGACUAUUAAAGUUUGUUAUGAAUAUUUCUUGAGAAGUACUUUAUGGAUAUCUCACAAAUUUUCUUUGUAGGUUCCUCUUGGUCCCUCUUUGUUCUGGUUUGAUUUUUUGGUCUGAUAACAAAAACUAAAUGGCCGACAGACGGCCAUCUUGGAUUAUUUCAAUGAAGUUUGUUAUCGCUAUGUGUUUAGAAGUGCUCAGUGGAUAUCUCACAAAUUUUCUUUGUAGGUUCCCUUUGGUUCCUAGUUGUUCCUGUUUGAUUUUUGGUCUGAUUUGAAAAACAAUAUGGCCAACAGGUGGCCAUCUUAAAUUUCGUCUGUUAGAGUUUGUUAUCACUAUUUCUUGAGAAGUACUCAAUGGAUUUCUCUCAAAUUUCCUGUGUAGGUUUCCCUUUGUCCCUAGUGGCUGACAGGUGGCCAUCUUGGAUUUUCACAGUGAAAGUUUGUUGUUGCUGUUUUUUGAGAACUACAGCAUAGAUCCCUCAAAUUUCAUAUGUAUGUUCCCCUUGAUCCAUAUUUGUGCCUGUUUGAUUUGGAAAAACAAAAUGACCAACAUGCAGCCAUCUUGUACUUCGUCUCAUAAAGUUAGUUAUCGCUACUUCUGUUGCAUAGAUUUUUCUCAAAUUUGAUCCCUAGUUGUGCCUGUUUGAUUUUGGGACUAAUCAGAGGAGACAAGAUGGCUUUCAGCUGACCAUCUUGAAUGUUAAUAAAGUUUGUUAACGCUAUUUUCGCAAAAGAUAAAUGUUCAAAUUUUUCAUCAUUAAAAGCAAAAACAGAAGAGAAGAGAAAAGUAGGAGAAAGAUUCUAUCCUAUAGAACAAAUAAAGAUAAAAGCAUGGUGGGUGCCAAGAUUUCUCUGGGAUCUGUUGGGUUUUUUUACAUGAUAGUGCUGUUACUUCUCAUAUGGAUCUGAAAUCAAAGACCGCCAGAAUUACUAUCUUCAAUUCUCUAGUUCUACUGCUGGUGCCAUUGAGAUAAAAUUCCCAAGGGAUUUUCAAAAGCUCAAAUAAGAAGGAUUGAUCUGAAUGUUUCAAUAAUUUGAUUGAAAUUUGCUAAGAGCGAAUUCGACAUGCACUGUUUAAAUAGGGUUUUUCAUAAUUGUUUCGAUGACUGCAUUUAUUAGGUGUAUAUAUUCAAAUGACCAUUAAGGCCCAUGGCCCUUUUUGGAUUUAUUUUUCUGAGUUAUAAUCUGUCAUUGUUUAGAUAUUAAAGACAGGAAGGAUGAGAUAAAACGUUAUGCAAAAUGUUUGUUAUGACUAGAUGUUUCUGUGUGAUAGUAGAUAAUGAUGGAAUACAAUGUUGUUUAUAUAACAUGAAAUGAACAGAUAUAAAGAAGUUAGGUACAUGUAUUUGAAAGUUGGAAUAAGGUCGUAUUUUUACAUCUUAAUGUAUACAUAAUAUAUGAAAACUUUAAAUUAAUAUGAAAAAGUGGGUAUUUAUUCUUUUCCAUGGAGAGAAGGGAUGAGGAGGGUUAUUCUUUGGGAUCUUUUGAAUUCAUUGUUUUAAAACCACAACUAAUGUUUUCAUUUUUUAGGUUCUGUGUCGAUAUUUUUCAACUGUAAGGCAUCCAGAAUGAGGACAUUUUAAGUUUGAUCUACAUUUCUGAAUAUAUAUUCAAAAUUAAAGGUCAUUAAAUGAUGUGGAUGUAUGACUUGUGAUUACUUUAAAAGUAAUGUCUUUUAUUACUUAAUUGGACGGUUUAAUGCAGUGAAUUUGUCCAUAUGUUAUUUAUGUGUAUAUGUAACUUGAGUAUUAUACCAUGGAGCCUUUUUCAUUUGUUGCACCACAGAAAAAUAGAUUGUGAUGUCAUAAUAUGGACAAUGAUGAUGGUAAGUAGUGAAUAUGAAUGGUGCAACAAAUGACUGCCUUCAUUCGAUAUUGUCCUUAACAUUUUUUCUUAAACACUUGUGGAAAUGUAAAUUUUCUGGGUUAUGUGAUGACAAGUCUCUUAAAUUUGUUUUCAUUUCAUGAGAUUUUAUAAAACUUGCCUCAAAGGUUUCCUUUUUUUUGUUAGCAAAGCCUCGCAAAAAUUCAAACACCUAAGACCUAUUUCAUUAAAUCUCAUAUGAAGUGAAAACUUACUUACAAUUCUGUGUGUCUCUGUGUCACUUCAAUCUUUUGGUGAGUUUUCAUUGCAUGUUGAUUUGCUCCCUUAUUCUGUGUAGUGCUUAGUAUGUGCCUUGGUUGUUGUUAAUAGAGCAAAAGAUGAAGGAAAUUCUACAGUUAAGAAGCUAUUGGUGAACUCUAUGACAAAAUGAAAGUGAAAGUCAGAAAAACGAGACAGCAUUAUUGAAAACACAGGGUGAAAUUUAAGACUUGAUGAACAGAAUCAGAAGUAUCAGUACAAACUAAGCUGUAACUUGAUAUGAAUGAAUGUAUGUAGUUUAAAAGGGACUGAGGAACGCAAAGAAGAUUUAUAGAAUAGAGAGUUAGGGGCAUGAAAUACAACAUUGUGCUUACUAUAUAAGCAUGAAAAUAUAACGGAUGAAAUACAUAACUUUUUCCAAAGUCAACUAGGAGUAACAUUUCAGUUAGAAAUUGUGAACAUACCGAGUUUCUAGGUGAAAAUUCUUGGCAAAUGCUGACCAGUUGUGGUCCAUUCCCUGAACUACAAUGACAAGCAGGAGGUUGAAGAUCAAGGAUACAUGCCCAAAAGCUUUAGAGUUUAGUUGCAGGCUUUGAAAUCAGUGGAAUGGACAGAUGAAAUAUGCUUGAGCUAAGCCUUGACUUAUCAUAAUAUAAAGGCCAUGUGGAGGGACUAACUGUAAUGUGAUAGGAUAUAUAUAUAUUGGGAAAUUAGGUAGUGAAGACUUGCUAAAUAUUAUAAAUAAACGUGACAUUUUGAUUUUGGGUUGAAAUAGAUGAGGAAGCAGAAUAAGAAGAUUGCGAGGUAGAGGCAGAGGAAUUGUAAUUUUUAGUAGACAAGCGAUUUGUGAUUUGAUAAUAUUAAUGAGAAAUAUGUUUUGUUUAAGAUAUAUAGUGACUUAAAAAUGAAGAUUGCUGUGGGAUGUAUUUAUUUGCUUGUUACUCUGUAUUUCCCACUUCUUAAUAGUACUGUUUAUUGAAUAUAUGAAGAAGACAUUUUGCCAGUGAUAUGAUUACAAAGUGUUAGGAAAGGAGAUUUUAUUGUGAGAUUUUAAUGAGAAUUGCGAGUGACUAUAUUACUAUUCAUGAUGUAAAUCAAGAGAUUGUGAAUAUCAUAUCUGAUAUCGUAAACUAUGUAAAUGACUCUCUCCCAUCAACACGUUCAAAUAUGGACUCCUAUGGUAAUCAGAUUUGAAUACAACUCCUUUCUCCUUUACAAUUAUUCAAUUAUAAAUGAGUGCUAUAAAGAUGACUUGAGUGGUAGUAUAUCAGUAGAGUGAGGAUCUAGUUGAAUUGAUUAUCUAUUGACAUAUAAUAACCUAUUUCAGAAUAUGGUAUAUUUUUCAGAAUGGAAUCCUUUUACAUUUUUUUUUCUCACCAUUCUCCAAUAUGUAUUACUAUAUCUGUUCAAGGUAAUGAUUUUAUAUUGAAGAAAUAAACUAGUGUAAAGAGGAAUGAAGGUCAUGCUGAGAGGGUUCAAAGGUCAAUAGUGUAAAUUCAUUUUUUGGUUAUUCUAGGAUAGACUUCAAUAAAAACGGUGUAGAUGAGAGUGAGGCGAAGUUUAUGAUAUAAUGAAUGAAUUACUAAAGUCUUUUGGUAUCAUGCUUAUCAAUUCGAGGACUGAUCAAAUGUUUGUAUGGAGGAUAAGCUAUGGUUUAUUGAAAAUUGCAAAAACAGAUAGGUUGGACAUUUUAAUGCAUUAUUUUAUUUCAAUACAGUAAAUAUAAGUCUCAUUUCUUUUCUUUGUUCGUAAAAGGUGAUAUAAAAACUGUAAUUAAAGCAUGAUUAUCAAUCACAACAUGAUGAUAUAAACAGGGUUUACACAGUUUUCAAAAUCAUCUUACAAAGUGAAAGUAGGAAAUAUAAUAUUGAAAGGAAUAAUAGAAUUUGUACAUUGUGUAACAGUGAUGCCAUUGAAUUUCAUUUAAUACCUAAAUGUGAAUGAUAUCUAGAUUCAAGGAAAAGUUUCAUUUAGAAAUAUUAUUAUAAUAGACCUAGCAUGUUAAGAUUUAUCCAACGUAUGAAAUCUUUUAACAAGAGAGAAUUUAUCAAUGCCACAUGUGUGAGUUAUAAGAAAAGAGGAGAAAGUUGAAAGUAUGCAUUUCAUUGUUUGUUUAAACAAUUACUCAGCGUAACUUUUUUAAGUACAAUGUAAAUUGUUGUAAUGUAUCUUAUACUGAUGAGCCACAAGGCUUAUGGUAAUAAAAUGAUUUAAAAGUGUGUAAUUACCAUUAGAUUCCUGUCAAAUCGGACAUAUCAACAAGAUUUUCUAAUGCAAUAACUUGUAAGAUGUACAAUAUCCACAGAACCUUGAUUUUAUGUAUUACUGGUAUAAAGAGCAACACGUAAAUUGAGAAGAAAGAUGUUGAGAAAUGUUCAAAGUAAAGUUAUGUAUUUGUGGUUAGUUUAACAGGUUAAUGAUGUGAUGGAUGUUUGGUAUUGUACCUGUACUUUGAUAAUUCAAAGUAUCAAGAUUAUUUUGUACUUCCAGGAAAAUGUUUAUUUUUCUGUACUUGUUGUAAAUAUCUAAGAUCAUGUAUUGUUAUUGUUGUCCAGUUUGAUGGAAUAUUAAAUUGAUUUUAAAAAAAGGUCUUGUUGUCAAUAUCAGCAAUGUUUAAAU